GUCCAAAGAUGCCCCUGUAAGCCACAAAAUGAAGAUUUGAACCAAGGACAUGGAAGAACCAAAGUACUGGGUUUUGCUAUGGCUCAAGAGUCUGCAUUCUGUCAAGAGAUUUCAAGUGGGGUUUGGAAGCUCCUUGGUCCCAUGAAGCAGGAUGAUGUAGCCACAGUUGUGAGAAAUGACCUGACCAUUAUUCAGUUUGCCCAGUCUCUCUACAACAGACAUGGACAAGACCCUACUAAGUAUGAGUACAUCCGACAGAAGCUCCGUGAAAUUGGACGUCUGUUAAUAUGUCUACGGUCUGAAUUCUCUAUACAUAACUUGGAGGAAGCUGUGAAACCUGCUAACUUCCAAAGAGUUGUCCAGGCAGUAAAGAUUGUCUGCGGUUUUGAUGAAGAAAAGCAUUCAUACCAAACACCAAGUCUUGCACUAAAACUGGGACAUACACUACAGAAAAUCAGUGACAUUAUCCAUUGCCGAGCGCUCAUGGCAGAAGAUGAAGAACUGAUUAAGUCAACAGACACUUUCAAAAAGCUGUAUACAUCCAAGUGGUCUGAGUUAGUGUCACAUACUGCCUUGAACACUCUGAGUCAUGCCAAAUAUAAUAAGCCAUUAACCUUACCAUUCACAGAAGAUGUUCAGAGUCUUCAUAGGUACCUUAAGAAAUCUGGAGAAAAUGCAUUUUCUAACUUGAAAGAAGAGGUCAGCCCCCAGAAUUAUGCAGAACUUGCAAAAGUUACUCUUGCACAGGUCAUUGUGUUCAAUCGAAGACGAGCUGGAGAAGUCUCAAAGAUGCGUCUCAGAGGUUUCCAGCAGAGAGAUGACUCCAAGCUCCAUGAAGAUGUUGCUGCUGGAUUGUCCAAGGUUGAAAAAAGGCUCUGUAGCUACUUCAGUCGUGUUGAAAUAAUUGGAAAAAGAGGUCGAAAAGUUGCGGUUCUCCUUUCUCCAGAUGUGGUGGAUGCUCUGACUCUGCUGGUCAGCAAAAGAGAGCAAUGUGGUGUUUGCUCCACAAACAUCUUUCUUUUUGCCCGACCAAGAUCUCAAAGUCACUACAGGGGCCAAGACUGUUUGCGUGUUUAUGGAAGCCAAUGUGGGGCGAAGCAUCCCGAGUUCCUCAGGUCCACGCAACUCAGGAAGCAUGUUGCCACAUUGUCACAAGUCCUCAAUCUCAAAAAUAAUGAAAUUGACCAGGUGGCUGACUUCCUGGGACAUGACAUUCGUGUCCACAGGGAAUUUUAUCGCUUACCUGUGCCAACAACACAACUGGCAAAGAUUUCUAAGCUUCUUUUGUCCAUGGAGAAAGGACACGUAUCCACCCUGCAAGGAAAAUCCCUUGAUGACAUCGAAAUCGAAGAUGAAAUAGAACUAAGUGAGGAUGAAGAAAAGGAAGAUUUAAGUGACUUGGAUGACUGCGAUUCUGUGGAACCUGAGGAACCCGUGGAAACCGUGGAAUCUGUGGAACCUGAGGAACCUGUGGAACCUGAGGAACCUGUGGAACCUGUGGAACCUGAGCAAAGCAAGAAUAUUGAUGAUUUGUUGGGAGCAGUGUCAUCGACAGCAGAGGAAACUGUCCCUCCUGUUGAAGGCAAGUCAAGUUUCCUUAUGAGUCUGUGUUUUGAUCCUAGCUACAUUUAGUUAAAGCAUAAUUCUACUGCGCUGACCAUAUUAACUAGUUCAUGCUUAAAGGCCAUGCA